AUGUCGGCCUAUGCAAUGAAGUACCUUCUGGGUUGCACUACAGAGCGUAUUGAUAUCCGCACAGUCUCUGAAGCUGAGCUAUCUUCGGGAGACUGGUGGAUAAGUAGUCAGCGGAAGCACAUCAUGCCUGGCCUCAGCAACACGCACAUCCCUAAUGCAACUGAGCAUUUGAAGAUACUGAUGAAGUCAGCAUUGCAGGAGGACCGUCCACUGUAG